AAAUUUUUAAAAAGAGCAACUGAGCAACUCCAAGAGAGAGUUACUCACAUAAAGCCUGAGGCCGCUGCGCACCCGGCGCAUUAAAGCGAUGUCCGCUUGUGUUUGCUAUUCUACGCCUCCCUCUCUCGGUCACACUCGCUCUCUUGCCCUUCCUCCCCUGUGGACUCUGCGACAGCGUCGAAGAACUGAGCCGAGUCAAUCAAAGCAAAGGCCGAGUUUGGAGGAAGAGAGGACGGCAUAGAGACUGCGAGCACGAAGCGGAAACCAUGGGGGAUCUCUACGCGUGGCUCGUCUCUUUCUUCUUCAUCGUGGCCCUUCUCGUCAUCAUCGUCUGGCAGCUUAUGUGUUUGGCGGACCUGGAGUUCGAUUACAUAAACCCAUAUGAUUCCUCGUCGCGCAUAAACAGAGUCAUAAUGCCGGAGUUCCUCGUACAAGGAGUGCUGUGCUUCUUCUACUUGGUGACUGGUCACUGGGCCAUGGCCCUGCUGUCUGUUCCAUACCUCUACUACAAUGUGGAUUUGUACAUGCGACGGCAACAUCUCGUGGAUGUAACUGAGAUAUACAACAUGCUCAAAUGGGAAAAGAAACAAAGGCUGUUCAAGCUAGCCUAUCUCAUCCUUCUGCUCUUUCUCACUAUAUUUUGGAUGAUUAUGGCUGCUCUGGAUGAACACGAUCACGAAUGAUUUGGGGCUGGUGCAUCAAUAUCUGCUUUCUGAAUGGCACGAAACAGCUGUCCGACACUGAAACUCAACCCCUCAUAUGGUGCAUUAUGUAUCAAGAUGGAAUAGGUAGCAAAGCGGUUAGAGGGAAUGCAUGAACUUUUUUGGGAUCCUCCUGUUUGGAUUGUAACUCUUCAAGGAGUGGAGGUUGCUUGAUUCGCCCCUAGCCACUCCUCUUUUCUCUGGCCCCGGAACUGUACCUCCACUGUUUAUACACGCUUAAAGGUCAAUUGUUGCAGUUUUAGAGAUUAUUGAAGUAAAUGGUAGCGGAUGGAUGAAUGGAGCUGUUUUCCUGAAAGAGUUCAAA